AUGGCUGAGAUUCGCCGAAAACUCGUCAUCGUAGGUGAUUAUGGAGGGAAGACGUCGUUGCUUAUUGCAUUCUCGAAAGGAACCUUCCCAGAGAUAUCAGUCCCAACUGUUUUUGAAAAUUAUGUCGCCGACAUUGAGGUGGAUGGGAAGCAUGUCGAGUUGGCGUUAUGGGAUACGGCUGGUCAGGAAGACUAUGAUCGCUUGCGUCCUCUGUCAUACCCUGACUCGCACGUUGUUCUUAUGACCUUCAACAUUGCUAAUCCCGAUUCCCUGGACAACGUCCGAAAGAAGUGGAUUAGUGAGGUAAACCACUUCUGUCAGGGACUCCCUAUCAUUCUUGUAGGCUUGAAAAAAGACCUCAGAAGAGAUCCCAAAACCAUUGACAAACUACGGAGGACGAAUCAACGUCCAGCGACCGUUGAAGAGGUAGAGGUACUCUGGCCCACUACCAUUUCAUACCAGGGACAGGAAGUCGCCAGGAAAAUCGGAGCAAGGCACUAUGUUGAAUGCUCUAGCAGGACUGGAGAGGGGGUUCGCGAAGUGUUUCAAACUGCAACUCGCGAAGCAUUG